UUGAGGUUUUUGGUUUUUUGGAUGAUAAACCAAAAACUAUUAUUAUUAGUUUGGUUCAUGUUAUAUGAGUUUUAGACAGUCUUGAUAUCAAACCAAUAGUCUCAUAUUAUAAUUUCUAUAACGCAUGCAAAAUCAAAUCAAAUCUAGAUAAUAGUAAAAGAAAAAGAAAAUUAUUAAGACAAAUUAUUUCUCCACAAUUUAGCCGAUGGUAAGAGGAAACAUUAAAAAAAAAUUCUAAUUUCAACUAUUAUUGAGUAAAAAAGAAGUAUGCAAUGAUAUGUUACCGUAAUUGUAAUCGAGUUUGAGAAGUUUAUGAAGGAAAAUAAAUGUCAAUUAGUUUCUUGCAAAUUGUAUUUCUAUGUAGAAACUUUGUAUAAUCUGUUGAACUAUGCAUGUGAGUAUAUUGAAAAUAAAACCUGUAAAAUAUUAUAUUAGAAAAACGAUAUUGGUGAAGUUUAUUUAGGAAAGAACAUUACAAUAAAUUUGUAAAGUUGGCUUGAGAAACUCUCUAGAUGUGACAUGUCAGCAUAUUCAUUCUCGAAUCGUUGUAUGGCUACCACGCACAUUAAUCUUAAAUAUUUUUCUUUUAAUAUCCAGGGGAUUGAAAGUAGUGUUAGAGAAAAAAAAAUUUAAAGUAAAACUGUAUUAUUUAUGACUAUCAAGACUCUUUUUUUGUCAAACGUUCCUUUACUGAUUUUUUCCACCCAUCACUGCUCUAUAGUAACUUAGUAAGCUUAUCCCAUUGAUUUUUUUUCAAACAUCAAAAAUUGCAUUUUUUUUUUUAUUUUGGGUAAUUUAUCGGAUAAAAGAGUUAGAUGUGGAUCACGAAUUGAUGCAAAAACAAAAUUCUUUGAGUACAUAACCCGUUAUCGUGUAAAACAAGUCACCACCGUGUAUUUUAAUAAAUUUUCAAAAGCUACUUUUAUGUGAGAAAUUAAUUGCCAAUUUUAUAGAUUAAAGAUAAAGAAACGAAGACCUUAAUUACGUAAAUGCGGCCUAGCUGUUAACUAUUAUCUAAACUUGUAGUCGAAGGUGUAUAAAAGUUACUGCAGUUGACUACAAUUAUAGUAUAAUGAUUUGCUUAAGAAAAACUAUCUUUGGCUCAUACUUUAUCGAAUUUUUAAAUCUCAGAAAUUUAUUUUAGUAGCCUUUCUAGCACCUUAAGGAUAAUCAGGAGACCAUUUUCUAGCACCUUUCACCUAAUCCUAAAGUUAAGAUCGUCAACAACAAAGACUAGUGACGUUAAUACACCCUGAAAGUAAACUAAAUAUAAUUAAGAAACAAAAUUAUCAUAACGAUUCCACAACAUAAUAAUAUUCUGCAUAUAUAUGAUAGGUUUCCUAUAGAGUUAGUUUCAUGGCAGCUUCCUUGGACCUCUAGAGUACUAUAUAAUCGACGGUAAUGAAGCAACAAAACCAAAGCCAAGUCUCAAGAGAGCAAAAAAAACACAAAGACUCUUUCGUGCAACACAAGCAAAGUGUCUUGCAAAACAAGAAACCAAGAUGCUUGAAACCGUAGCAAUAUGGGGAAUAACCGCCAAGUCGGUGUCGAGUGUCAUGCUUAUUUGGGCGGUGUACUCGCAAUACAUCCCUCGCCAUGUCCGAUCUCAAAUGGAGAUAUACUUCUACAAGCUACUCGGAUGGCUCUCAUUCUACGUCCACAUCAAGUUCACCGAGCACACAGAAGAAGGUCUCAAGAGAAGCGAGAACUACAACGCUAUACGCAACUACCUCUCCACCAAUACCGCCGCUCGUGCUCAACGGCUAAAGGCCAACGAGUCCAAAAACAGCAAGUCGUUGGUGCUUAGCAUGGACGACCACGAGGAAGUUGAAGAUGUGUUCAACGGUGUGAAGGUGAAGUGGUACUCCAACGUGAAAGUGACUGAGACACAAUCUAACUACGGUCGGAACAACUCGUACGAGAGAAGGUUCUUUACACUCACUUUCCACAGAAGACACAGAGGGAUGAUCAUAGACACUUAUAUAACUCAUGUUUUGAGAGAAGGGAAAGCUAUUGGCGUGAGGAACAGAGAGAGGAAGCUGUACACUAACAACUCGAGCUCAGAGUGGUAUCCAUGGAUGUCAGGGAAGUGGAGUAACGUUCCUUUUCAUCAUCCGGCGACGUUUGAGACUUUGGCAAUGGAUCCUGAGAAGAAAGAGAGGAUCAAGAAGGAUUUGGUGAAGUUUAGCAAAGGGAAAGAUUAUUACAAGAAGGUUGGGAAGGCGUGGAAGAGAGGCUACCUCUUGUUUGGUCCUCCAGGGACAGGGAAGUCAACUAUGAUAUCUGCAAUAGCUAACUUCUUGGACUAUGAUGUGUAUGAUCUUGAGUUAACGACCGUGAAGGAUAACUCAGAGCUGAAGAAGCUGUUGCUUGAGACACAAGCUAAGUCUAUUGUUGUGAUUGAGGAUAUAGAUUGCUCUCUUGAUCUUACGGGUCAGAGGAAGACAAAAAAGGAGGAAGAUGAAGAGGAAGAUAAGGAGAAGAAGAAGGAGAAGAAGAAAGAAGAUGAGAAAAAGAGUAAAGUGACAUUGUCAGGGCUAUUAAACUCCAUUGAUGGGUUAUGGUCAGCUUGUAGUGAUGAGAAGAUUAUUAUAUUCACUACAAACUUUGUGGAUAAGCUUGAUCCUGCGUUGAUAAGGAGAGGGAGGAUGGACAACCAUAUUGAGAUGUCUUAUUGUAGGUUUGAAGCGUUCAAGGUUUUGGCUAAGAACUUCUUGGAGAUUGAGUCACAUGAGUUGUAUGGAGAGAUUGAGAGGUUGCUUGAGGAAACAGAUAUGUCUCCUGCUGAUGUAGCAGAGACUUUGAUGCCUAAAUCUGAUGAAGAAGAUGCGGAUGUUUGUAUCAAGCGUUUGGUCAAGACUGUGGAGGAGGAGAAGGCGAAGGCAAAGAAAUUGGCUGAGGAAGAAGAGAAGAGUAAAGCAGAGAAGGAAGAGAAGAGGAAGAAGAAGAAGAAAGAAGAGGAGGCAGAUAACAAGAAGACAGAGGAAGACGAGAAGAAAGUUAAGGGAUCAAAAGUAAAUGGUGACCUAUCUGAGAAGAAUGGUACCAACUAAAAGGGUAUAAGGAAAAGAAGUGAAGCCUGAUGUGUGUUGUUUUAUUUGUGUGUUGUGUGGAUUGAAUAAGGUCGUUCUAUUAGGCCAUCUUAAGUAUCUACUUGGUUGUUGUAUUAGGCCGUCUUAAGUAUAUAUUUGAUUGUUGUAUAUUAGGCCGUCUCUUAAGUAUAUAUAUUUGAUUGUUGUAUUAGGCCAUCUUUAAGUAAAUAUUUGAUUGUUGUAUUAGGCCAUCUUAAGUAUCUUAUUUGAUUGUUCUAAUGUUUUCAAGUA